AUGACAACAAAUACUGUUAAAACACGUUUAUGUUGCAUUUGUGUAAGUAAAACAAAUGGUGCUAGUGAAACAAAGGAUACAACUGGUGUUAAUAUAUGUGGUGGAUGUGAAAAACGUUUCUGUAAUAAACAUUAUAAAGUACAUCGUGAAGAAAUCGAUAGGCAAUUUGAUGACGUAUGUGUAGAACAUGGCUCGUUAUUAGAAAAUUUAAAUACUCGAUUGUCUGCGAAAAGUUCCGCAUCGUCUUUAAUUCAAAAAAUUCUUGAAUGGGAAAAUGAAACGAUAGAUAAAGUACGAGAAACAGCGAAAAAUGCCAAAGAUAAGAUCGAAAAAUUCUUGAAUAAUGAUAAAGAUAUGUUGAAAAAUGAGUUUGAAACAUUUACUGCUGAACUAAAAUUGAAACAGUCGACAAGUGAAUAUGAUGAAAUAGAUAUUGAUGAAUGGAAGAAAAAACUUGAUGCAUUGAAGAAACAGAUACAGAAAUCAUCGAAGGAAACUGGUAUUCAAGUUGAAUAUCAAAAAAUUAAUUGGGAUGAUAAAAUAAUUUCUGUAUAUAUCACAAACAAUAAUGAACAGACAGUUGGUUUAUCUCAUAGUAUACGAAUAAACAAUUAUUUUAAUGGCACUACACUUUUAUCGAAUGAACAGCAACAACAUUUAAACGAAUUUUAUGGUAAACAAAAUCAACAAUGGAAAUUAUUAUAUAAAGCAGCAAGAGAUGGUUUUCUUGCAAAAGAUUUUCACUCUGUUUGUGACGGUAAACAACCAACGAUGACUAUCAUACAAGAAAAAGAUGGUGGAUAUUUAUUCGGUGGUUUUACUAAUGUAUCUUGGACAGCUCCAGCAACUGUUGAAACGCAUAAUGACGGUACAGCUUUUAUAUUUACGUUGAAAAAUCCACAUUCACUACCGCCUACAAAAUAUUCGAUUCGUAAUAGUAGAGCACCUGCUGUUUUUCAUUCAUAUGAUUUUGGUCCAUCAUGCGGUUUACAGGACAAAUGGUCCGAUUUUUUCUGUAGCGAUAAUCAUGCCAAUUUGAUUAAUUUUCCUCGAUCCUACAUAGACACAACGGGAUUUAAAAAUAAAACAUUUACAGGAAAUAGAAACUUUACGCCAUCAGAAAUCGAAAUAUUUACUUUAGGAUAA